CAGCAAAUGAUCUGGGAUUCCUUGCUAUUUGUGUUAAAAAUCUUUUCCCGGGGUACGCUCCAAUCUAUGUAUGCUUUGGCUAUCUAAUGAAGUAUUGUGUUCACUCUAAAAUGAAUUACAAAUUUCAGGAAGGUGGUCCAAUUGGUCUUAGUGAUAUUGAGAAGAGAAGAAUGGAUGUGCAUUUAACAGACGAGGAACUGAAGGAGAGCAGAAAGAAAUGGACUCCCCCACCUUCUAAGGCUGAACGAGGUGUUCUUUACAAGUACAUAAAGAGCGUUCAAGCAGCUUCAAAGGGAUGUGUUACCGAUGAAUAGUAGAAAUGCGUUGGUAGGAAGGCAUAGAGAAACACCAACUGUAGUACUUGGGGCGCAUAUUUCUUGCGGCUGAUUAGAGUAACCGAGUUUAUGCUUGAUUUUCCAUUACGAUUAAAUUCACGAUAUCCUACUCUUAGAAUUCGUAGUUGCAUGUCUAGUCUUUUCCCAUCCUUCAUUUGGCUGUUGAUUGAAUUAUAUGGGAAUUUCUUUGAAUAUUGUGGUGUUAAACAGAUUUUUC